ACAACAGAAGAACAAAGUCACCCGAGCAGAGAGCAUGCUUAUGUUUGUUUGUCAGUCUGUUUAUCUGUAGCUUGACUAAUGCGCCCUGCUCUAGCAUAUUUCCAAUAAAUAUUAAAUUACAUGAUCGAGUCAUUGAUUCGGUUAAUUUAAGUCUGAUUAACCUCGGCUAACUGACUGUUAUGAACUGUAAAUUGACUAGUUAACGUACCGGAAAUGAGGAUUUCUCACACUUUACUCAACGCUUCUUCCAAGUUCAGGACUGUGUUUGAUUUCGGAGAGAGACAAGUUGCACACUGGUUCCCUGGACAUAUGGCUAAAGGACUCAAGCAGAUGAGAGCUAGCCUGAGGAAGGUUGACUGCAUCAUUGAAAUCCAUGAUGCCAGAAUACCAUUUUCUGGAAGAAAUCCUUUGUUUCAAGAGAACCUUGAUGUCCGGCCGCAUUUACUCAUACUGAAUAAGAUGGACCUGGCAGACACGUCAGACAAAAUGAGUAUCCUGAAACAGCUCGAGAGAGAUGGCGUUAAGAACGUCCUGCUCACAGACUGUCUAAAGCAAAGAGACACGAGUGUUAAAAAGAUAAUUCCUCUUGUAAUAGACCUAAUAGAGAAUGCUCCUCGUUUCCACAGAGAGGAGAAUAGAAGUUAUUGCCUAAUGGUGAUUGGAGUGCCAAAUGUUGGGAAAUCUUCAUUGAUUAAUGCUAUAAGAAGAACAAACCUGAAAAAAGGCAAAGCCUCAAGGGUUGGAGGUGAACCUGGAAUUACGAAAGCUGUCCUCACCAAAAUCCAGGUGUGUGAAAGACCCGUCAUACAUUUGCUUGACACACCGGGAGUGCUGCCUCCUAAGAUCGAGAAUGUAGAGACAGGGAUGAAACUCGCCUUAUGUGGUACUAUACUGGACCACUUGGUUGGAGAAGAUAUCAUAGCUGAUUAUCUGCUUUUUUCACUCAACAGACUCCAGCGGUUUGGCUAUGUGGAGAGGUAUGAUCUAGAAACACCAUCUGAUGAUAUUCAGCAUGUGCUGAAGUGUAUCGCUGUUAAGUUAGGCAAGACUCAGCGAGUGAAAGCCAUCACAGGAGUAGGAUCACAGGGAACCUGGGGCCUAUCCCAGGGAGCAUCGGGCACAAGGCAGGGUACACCCUGGACAGGGUGCCAAUCCAUCACAGGGCACAAUCACAUACACACUCAUACACCCAUUCAUAUCAUACAGACAUUUUAGACAUGCCAAUCAACGUACCAUGCAUGUCUUUGGACUGGGGGAGGAAACCGGAGUACCCGGAGGUAACCCCCACAGCACGGGAGAACAUGCAAACCCCACACACAGAGGGCCACGGUGGGAAUCGAACCCCCGACCCUGGAGGUGUGAGGCGCACGUGCUAACCACUAAGCAACCGUGCGCCCCCAGGAGAGAUGCAGUUUUAUUUAUAAAUGAUUCUAUAACCAAUAUAUCCUUCAGGUUCAAAUGAAUGCAGCUGUUUCAUAUGUUUUCUAUUUAACUUACAGUUCACUACUCUAUUAAAUGAUUAUAAUUGUU